ACAGGGUAGCGCUGAGUAGCGCUAAUAGCGAGCUCCCCGAACGCACCUUAGUGUGGGCCAUAAGAAGUUAUUCUUUUCAACGGAUUUCCUCUUAAUUGGGGGACACGAAUCAGGACCAUUUUCGUUAUAUGGAGUUCGACUUCCUUCUCUCUUACUUUAUGGUCUGCAACCAGAGAGAAAGAGAGAGUGUCUCAUAUGUAAACAGUAUGUAAACCUGUCCAAGCUUAUGCAUAAUCAAAAUGCAUCGCGUUAAAAUGGAGUCGCAUAUGAUACUAAUAUUUUAUGUUAGUUGACAUCAGAAUGAUGAAGAUUUAUAGUUAUCUGUAGUGAACACUUCGAAUUUGUAAGACCCUGCGAAAAUGGCAGAUCUGGGCAAGAGAAUUGUCGUCCUAAUAGAUAUGGAUUGCUUCUUCUGUCAAGUUGAAACAAAGUUGCAACCCGAAUACGCGGGAAAACCGCUCGCCGUGGUUCAAUAUAAUCAAUGGGAGAUGGGCGGGAUAAUAGCUGUAAAUUAUGAAGCACGAGAUUUUGGAGUAACCAGACACAUGAGAGGCAAAGAAGCUAAAGAGAAAUGUCCAGAUAUAGUUUUAGCUAGUGUACCUUGUCUUCGUGGAAAAGCAGAUACAACCAGGUAUAGAAAAGCUGGCCGUGAAGUUAUUGAAGUUAUAAAAAAAUACUGUAAUGUGAUAGAACGUGCUAGUGUCGAUGAAGCUUAUCUUGAUAUCACAGAUAUUGUUGAGAAAAGAUUAGAUAAAAUCUCUUCCAAUGAACUAAUAUCAUCUCUCGCAAAUACAUAUAUUGUAGGAUAUUCAGAAGUUGGCAAGAACGAUGAAGAGGACAGAUGUCAAGGGCUACAGACUUGGAUACAGAACUCAUUUAGGGAAUUACAUGACACUCAAGCACAGAAGCUUGCUGUAGCUGGUGUUAUAGUUGAAGAAAUAAGAGCCAGUAUAUAUAAUGAGACUGGAUUUAGAUGUUCUGCUGGAAUUUCACAGAAUAAGAUAUUAGCAAAAUUAGCGUGCGGAUUACAUAAACCGAAUUGCCAAACGAUCUUACCUGAGGAAGCUGUUGCAAGUCUUUACUCGAAACUUUCGGUGAAGAAAGUCAGAAACCUCGGUGGGAAAUUCGGCGAUGUCGUAGUCGAGUCUCUAGGUUGCAAAGUUAUGGGGGAUCUAAUGCAAUAUUCUUUGGAACAAUUACAAAAACAUUUUGAUGAUAAAACAGGAUUAUGGCUGUACAAUAUUGCUCGAGGCAUAGACAACGAGCCUGUUAUCAACAGGUUGCUAUCAAAGUCUGUCGGAGCGUGCAAGAAAUUUCCGGGAAAGCAAGCCAUUACCUCCUUAGAAGUGUUGAAACAUUGGGCCGGAGACUUGGCGGCGGAAGUUUGCGAGCGACUCGAGCAGGAUCUUUUGGAUAAUCAACGACGUGCGACGUUGCUCACCAUCUCUUAUCAUUAUUAUCAGAACAGAAGCACUGUGUCCCAAUCUCGCUCGCUUACUUUGAAUUCGUACAAGCCCGAGAAAAUGGCGAGUCAAUGUGUGGACGUUAUCACUAAAUCGACACAGUGUCCAGUAGCGUAUAUGGGUAUUGCUGCCGGCAAAUUUAUACCGUCGAAGGGGAGCGAUAGUUUUCUGAAAUUCUUUAAAACUGUUAAAUCGGAAAAUAACGAUAAAGUAAAUCAUAACACUGAUCAAUUGGAGACUACAAGUUCGUCCGGAGGUAAAACAAGUUUCAAAUCGAAUUUCGAAAUAGCAGAAGUGAGAUCUCCCGCUGUCAUCGAUAGCAAAGAUCAAUCUCUGAAGACGAGAAAGGAAGAGCCUCUUGUUGUCGUUACCGACCAGGAAGAGUCAAAUCAAACCACCACGACUGUUACGAACGAAAAAUCAGUUACGACAAUUAACAAAGUAGCGGCAAAACAAAACAAAAUGAUCGAUAAUUCGUUAAAUACAGAAAUGGAGGACUCACCCACGUCGAGCAAAGUCUUCAAGCUGAUGCAGGUGUGCAAGGAGCGCGAUAAGGCUAAAUCAAAGAUCAAACGCAUGUCGAGCAUGACAAUAAAUAAUAACGAUUUUCAAAAUUCCUUUUUCAUGAAUAUAUUCAAGACUGAUAGAAAGGAUCGUUCUGAGAACAUCAAUAACAAUAGCGACACUGCGGAGGAAUCAGAACGAAGCGAACAAUCGAUCGUAUCCAGCACGAAAAAUUUAGACACCAGUAACGAAACCGAUAAUAGUAAUUCAGAUUUGUGCAUGCGAGAUAAUGAUCACGAGAAACCGUCGUCGAGUCGCGUGUCCACUUUCAUGCACAAUAAGGACGAGGAUUUCUCCGAGAAGAAGCUCAAGGAGGAAAACACCACCCAUACUCCUUCUAUACUAUUGCAAGAGAUAUUUCCAAAUCUGGAUGACAUAGAUCCCGAUAUUCUACUUCUAUUGCCGUCCGAUUUGCAAGAAGAGGCGAGAUUGUACGCGAGAGCACGCGAUAAGAAGCGAGAGAACCUAGUGAAAGUUUCCCGGGACUUGCCAGCAAAAACAGCGAAAGGAAAAUCUGGCAAGUCUAAAGCUGUCAGCAAAGCAAAGAGACGUAGUCCACUAUUAGACAAUUUCCUAAUUAAAACCGACUCCAGCGAACCUUUGGAACGGUGUGCUGAAUGCGGUCAGAUGAUACCCGUAACGAGGUACGGCGAGCAUACAGAUUUUCACGUUGCACAGAACUUAUACCAAGAGAUCAAUAAACCGGAAAACAGCGUGAAAAGGAAGUUUCAAAGCACUGAAGUUGUCGUCACAUCUACAAAACGUCCCGAUAAUUGCAAACUCGACAAAGACUCGGAACCGAUAACCACGUUCUUGUCAUCAUUAUACUGUUGAUCUAUCAAAUAUUUUUAUUCUUAAUAAUCAAGCUUUAUAUCAAUCGUACUUUAUAUCAAUAUUUUAAUGUGCCUUUUGUAAUGACAAGAUAUAUUGUAAGAUAAAUAUUAUUUUGUAUGUUUAUUCUUU